AUGGACUUCGGACUCACUGACAAGAAAGCAUUCGUGGUGGGCGCCAGCAAGGGCAUCGGCAAGGCCAUCGCGCUGGAGCUGGCCCGUGAGGGCUGCGAUGUGGCGAUCGCAUCCCGUACCGUGACCGAUCUGGAACAGGCGGCGCAGGAAAUCGCGGAGGCCACGGGACGUAACAUCAUAGCCAUCGCCAUGGACGCCACCAGCCGUGAGCAGGUGGACGCGGCGGUUGCCGAGGCCGCACAGCGGGCUGGGCGGGCUGCACAUCCUGGUGAACAGCGGGUCGCCUCCCGGCGGCUCGGCGGAUGCCACCGGACCCAUCGAUACCGUUAA